AUGAACACUACCCGUUGCGAGACCACAGUCAGCAUGUACCACCAAAAAUCAGAACAAACUCUCAACAGCAGCUGUGGUUGGCUGGCUCUUCUUUGUAACUUGACCUCAGCAGACAGCACGCUGGAGCUACCAACGUUCUCCAUGGCGGCAAAAGUCAGAGUGAUCAUUACAUUCAUACUAUGUGUCAUAUCUACUGUCUGCAAUCUGGCUGUGCUGUGGGCGGCCAAUGAUCACAAGCGCAAGUCUCACGUCAGGGUACUGAUCAUCAACCUGACUGCAGCUGAUCUCCUGGUCACCUUCAUAGUGAUGCCCAUGGAUGCUGUGUGGAACAUCACGGUUCAGUGGCUGGCUGGAGACUUGGCUUGUCGGCUCCUCAUGUUCCUUAAACUGCAAGCAAUGUACUCAUGCGCCUUUGUCACUGUUGUCAUUAGUUUGGACCGGCAAUCAGCCAUCCUCAACCCUCUGGCGAUCAGUGAGGCCAGGAGGAGGAACGGGAUCAUGCUGCUGGUAGCAUGGAGCAUGAGCGCUCUGCUCUCAGUCCCUCAGAUGUUCAUUUUCCACAAUGUAACUAUCAGCUAUCCGGAAAAAUUCACUCAGUGCACCACAAGGGGAAGUUUCAUCACUCGCUGGCAGGAGACCGCCUACAACAUGUUCACAUUUUCCUGCCUCUUCCUACUGCCUCUGGUCAUGAUGAUCACCUGCUACACCAGAAUCUUCAUCCACAUCUCUAAGCGAAUGACAAAGCACAGCUUGUCCUCCAGUGAAGUACAUUUACGAUGCUCAAAGGACAACAUCCCCAAAGCACGCAUGAGAACUCUGAAAAUGAGCAUCGUCAUCGUGAUCUGCUUCAUAAUCUGCUGGACCCCAUACUACCUGUUGGGCCUGUGGUACUGGUUCUUCCCAGACCACCUGGAAGGGAAAGUCUCCCACUCCUUGACCCACAUCCUGUUCAUCUUUGCGCUUCUCAACACCUGCCUGGAUCCCAUUAUCUAUGGCCUGUUCACCAUCCGCUUUCAUAAGGGGCUGAAGAGACACUGCCACAGAGGCACGGUGACAUCUCAACUGGGGAGUAACUUGAUGAUAAUGAAACGUUUUAAAUAUUCUGCUGAAAGACAAGUAGCUGCCGUCGGUGUGUAGAGACCGGGGCCUCGUUUCCCAAUAACGAUAGCUUUUCCGAAGUAAAGAGCGUUUCUUGAAGUGUCAAUUGAAGGCUUGUUCUUUACACGAGAGCAUUUCUCAAAGUAGCACAUGGAGCGACAGCGUGCAGUCAUUAUUUACGUGCAUGAGACCCAUAAGUGGUUUGUCUGCAUGGCAAUGAGUCGCUGAACAUUUCUUUUGAAAAUAGUUUUCCCCCUCUCCCUGUCCCUUCUCCAGUAGCUCACCAUUUCAGUUGCAUCAGUUACCAAAGUCAGCAAUUUUGGUUUUUGUCUCUAUUAUUAUUAUUACUAUUACUAUUAUGGUGAUGAUGACGAUGAUGAUGAUGAUGAUGUCAUAAUUCCGUUUUACCCUCUUCUAUGGCACACCACUUCAUUCCAUCGAAAACCUGUUUUAUAAAUAAUGGAACAUAUAAAAUAUAUAAAUGUAAAUAAUAAUACAAAUUUAAUACCAUAGCCUAACAAACCUUAAAAAUCACAAGUUGGGCGUCCGGGUGGCGUGGCGGUCCAUUCCGUUGCCUGCCAACACGGUAACCUCCGGUCCGAAUCCCCGUAUUACCUCCAGCUUGGUCGGGCGUCCCUACAGACACAAUUGGCCGUGACUGCGGGUGGGAAGCCGAAUGUGGGUAUGUAUCUUGGUCGCUGCACUAUAGCACCUCCUCUGGUUGGUCGGGGCGCCUGUUUGAGGGGGGAGAG